CCUCAGAAGGGCGGCGCUCUUCUCCCGAGCAGCAGUUAAAGAGCGCGCGCCCGACCCGAGCGGCCCGAGCGCAAUGACUCGCGCGCCUUCUUCACGCCACGGGAGCUUAACGGGACCGCGGCCGAUGCGAGGAGCACGUUAACGCUUGAAGAGCGCUCGUGGGUAUUGCGCGCACGCGUCUAUCGUGUGUGUGUGUGUGUGUGUGCGCGCGCGCAGCAUUGGGCCGGUGGGCAGCACGCGGACACCAUGGCCGCCGGGCGCAGCUCGGUGAGCGGGAUCAUGCAGCAGCAGCAGCAGCCCGAGGCGCCGAGCUCCAGUGACUCCCCGCCGCCGCACGGCUCCGAGGACGAGGAGCAGCACAGCGGAGCGGCGGCGCCCCACGACCCCGAGUGGACCGAGGAGAGGUUCCGGGUCGACCGCAAGAAGCUCGAGCUCAUGCUCUUAGCUGCCGCUGAGGGGAGGCUGAAUGGAGGCGAGGAUUUCUUUCAGAAGGUCAUGGAAGAGACCAAUACUCAGAUUGCAUGGCCUUCAAAGUUGAAAAUAGGUGCCAAGUCAAAGAAGGAUCCACAUAUCAAAGUAAGUGGGAAAAGGGACGAUGUGAAAGAAGCGAAGGAGAAGAUCAUGUCUGUCCUCGAUACCAAGAGCAAUCGUGUGACUCUGAAAAUGGAUGUUUCACACACUGAGCACUCACACGUCAUUGGCAAAGGAGGCAACAACAUCAAGAAGGUGAUGGAGGAUACAGGCUGCCACAUCCAUUUCCCUGACUCCAACCGCAACAACCAGGCAGAGAAGAGCAACCAGGUGUCUAUUGCAGGCCAGCCAGGAGGAGUGGAGGCAGCUCGGGCAAGAAUCAGGGAGCUGCUGCCUCUGGUGUUAAUGUUCGAGCUGCCCGUCAUAGUACAGCUGAACCCUGACCCCAGCUCUCCAGCCAUCCAGCACAUCUCUCAGACAUACAACAUCUCUGUGGCCUUCAAGCAGCGUUCGAGGCUCUACGGUGCUACUGGGGUUGUGAGAGGCUCCCAGAACAACAUUGCAGCUGUGAAAAGAGGCACGGCCAUGUUAUUGGAGCACUUAGCUGGGAGCCUGGCAAGCGCCAUUACCGUGAGCACACAGCUAGACAUUGCGCCCCAGCACCACCUUGCCAUGAUGGGCCGCAACGGCAGCAACAUCAAGCACAUCAUGCAGAGAACUGGCGCUCAAGUGCACUUCCCUGAUCCAAACUGUCCGCAAAAAAAAUCGACCGUCUAUAUCCAGGGUACCAUCGACUCUGUCUGCCUGGCACGCCAGUACCUCAUGGGCUGCCUGCCACUGGUCCUGAUGUUUGAUAUCAAAGAGGAUGUUGCAGUAGAUCCACAGUGUGUCACCUCUCUCAUGGAACAGCUGGAUGUGUUCAUCAGUGUCAAACCCAAACCCAAACAGCCAAGCAAGUCAGUGAUAGUGAAGAGUGUGGAGAGGAACGCUCUGAACAUGUACGAAGCCCGGCGCUAUCUGCUGGGCCUGGACAGCAGUGGAGUGUGUGUGUCCAUCUCCACCUCCUCCAGCAGUAGCAGCAGCAGCAGCAGCCCUCCGUCUGCCCUCACCCCGACUCUCAGCUGCCCUGUGGGCAUCGACAUCCUCACCUCUGCCGGCUUGGGUCUCACCAGCCUGGGUCUGCUUGGUCCUGCAGCUGCUUCUCUAAGUGCUCCGUCUACCCCCAACUCUCUCCUUAAUGCCCUUAACAGCUCCAUCAGUCCAUUGCAUGUCCCCUCGUCUGGAACACCCAGUCCUACACUUUGGUCCAACUCACUGGCCAGUCCGACCAGCACACCAGCUUUUUCAUCACCCCUGAUGAUCCAUCCAGCCACUCAAGCCACAUUGACCAACAUCCUGCUCCAGACUUACACACAGAAUACACCGUCUCCUCCACCCGGCCUUGCUCCAAUAGAUCCACAGGUCAAUGGAGUCACAGACUGCAGCAAGGCCGUGUCCUCCCUCAAUGGCAAGCACUCCAGCUCUAUGUACAGCAGAAUGUCCACUUCCUCACUGGCUGAAAAAGUUCUGAAUGCGGCACACGGGGAUCCUGUCCAGGACGCCGGCACACACUGUCCAUCUGAACCACUGUCCACCAAGUCCAGUCAGGAUCAAGGACCUGAUACUUUCGUGGAGGUGGGUAUGCCACGGAGCCCUUCACACUCGGGCAACAGCAGUGAACUAAAGCAGAUGCUGGCCUCCUGUAAAACAGCCUCAGGCAAGAGGCAGGCUGUGGAAUUGCUUCAAGGCACAAAGAACUCUCAUUUACAUUCAGACUGCUUGCUUUCUGACUCAGACUCCAGUGCAUCUGAGAGUCCCGUGGCAGAUAAACGGGCUCCAGGCAGCGAGAGAGCAGCUGAACGAGCCGCCCAGCAGAACUCAGAGCGCAUCCGUCUCCCGCCGCAGUCCUCUUUCUCCAACAUGCAGGCCUUUGAUUAUGAGCAGAAGAAGUUGCUGGCAACCAAAGCCAUGCUGAAGAAGCCAGUAGUUACAGAGGUGCGAACGCCAACAAACACAUGGAGCGGCCUGGGUUUCUCCAAGUCCAUGCCUGCGGAAACCAUUAAGGAGCUGCGCAGAGCCAACCAUGUGUCCUACAAGCCUACCAUGUCCACUACCUAUGAGGGAUCUCCACUAUCGCUGUCACGCUCCAACAGCAGAGAAGGAGUGGGAAGUGGCAGCGACUCGGACAACUGGAGGGAGAGGAACGGGAGCGGGCUCCCGUCACACAGCGAUUUCCCAACACCUAUCAGCCCCAAGAGGAAGCAGAACAAGUCAGUGGAACACUAUUUGAGCAGCAGUAACUACAUGGACUGCAUCUCCUCAGUGACCGGGAGUAACGGCUGUAACCUCAGCACCUCUCUGAAAGGCUCCGACCUGCCAGAGCUCUUCAGCAAGCUGGGCCUCGGGAAAUACACUGAUGUCUUCCAGCAACAGGAGAUUGACCUGCAGACGUUUCUCACUCUGACCGAUCAGGACCUGAAGGAGCUGGGCAUCACGACGUUUGGAGCACGUCGGAAAAUGCUGCUGGCCAUCUCAGAUCUGAACAAGAACCGAAGGAAACUCUUUGAGCCGCCAAACAUCCGGUCCUCGUUCCUGGAGGGGGGCGCCAGUGGGCGUCUGCCACGCCAGUACCACGCUGACAUUGCCAGUGUGAGUGGGCGCUGGUGAUCCCUGGUCCAUCCGCCCUUGUGUUACUGAUGCACAGACAGCUUUAACUGCACAAAGCCAUUCCUGAUGCCUUAAUAAACAAUAUUGGACCAAACCCUGGGAAUCAGUGCCAAAAGAAAAACCCUACAAAGAAUGUCUUUGGAAAGGAGGUUGAGUUUGGAGGACUCGUGUAAAUGUUGAUUAUUAUGUACAAUAUGGUACUCUAUGCAGUAUGGUACUCACGUGGAAAUGAAGGGAAUGCUGAAGGAUUCAUAAAGCUCCUGCACUGUUGUAUAUGGAGCUAACUGUGUACUUGGUUCAUUUUUCUUUUUUUAUUUAUAUCCUCGUGUUAGACUCGUGUCAUACUAAUUCUUUGCACUUUAAGAGUACUAAAUACUUUGCCUGUGGGCCGAUUCCUCUCUAAUCUGCCCUACAAGAUGUGCAAGGAGCGUUUAUAGCACUUACAAGGUUUCGAUUAAAGUCCUUUUUUUCAGCGUUUUAAUCACGAUGCAUUGGAACUCCAGUUGUUUACUCAGCAGUUUCUAUCAUAUUAGAUAUAGUUUAAAGAGACGUUGUAGGCCUUUUCACUUAGCUGACACAAGGACAAAUACCUUGACUGCAGUCUCUCUGAUCAUCAUCAGCAAACCACAGGUCAGAGGUGUGGAUCAGGACUAGGAUUGCGACAAAAAAAAAAAAAAACUUGGACGUUUAUACUUUGUAAGCGUCCGUUUAAGAUUUUACUACAUACAAAAAUGUAGCUGUACCACAGAAUUGUCUUAUUUUGAAGGGGAUUUUAGUUCACUGUAAUCAUUAUGAUGUCAUGUUCAAGCAAGGGCGACACGGUGGUGUAGUGGUUAGCGCUGUCGCCUCACAGCAAGAAGGUCCGGGUUCGGGCCCUGUAGCCAGCGAGGGCCUUUCUGUGCGGAGUUUGCAUGUUCUCCCCGUGUCCGCGUGGGUUUCCUCCGGGUGCUCCGGUUUCCCCCACAGUCCAAAGACAUGCAGGUUAGGUUAACUGGUGGCUCUAAAUUGACCGUAGGUGUGAAUGUGAGUGUGAAUGGUUGUCUGUGUCUAUGUCAGCCCUGUGAUGACCUGGCGACUUGUCCAGGGUGUACCCCACCUUUCGCCCGUAGUCAGCUGGGAUAGGCUCCAGCUUGCCUGCGACCCUGUAGAACAGGAUAAAGCGGCUAGAGAUAAUGAGAUAUGUUCAAGCAAGAGUAAUGCAUUUCACAUGAAUUUAGCAACCAUGCAAAAAAGUUAUUCACACUAUUUGGUGUAGAGUGGAAAAAAAGACAGGUGUAUUGGCUUACGUUACUUAUUUAUUUCCAUUUUGGAAAAUGUAACCAACUAAGUUCAUGUGAAAAUCUUGCUGAUGGAUAUAAACGGAAAUAACAGUAGGGAGCUGGUGGGUUGGUCAGAUUUGGGCAGCAGUGCCAACAUCUGUGGUUUAGCCAUAGCGUUUGUGACUUAACACCUUUUAUCGCUGUGGCAAUACAGAAGUUGUCUGAAAAUGGCGCGUUUGUACUUUUUUCAGAAAACAAAACCCAGCAGUCAGACCAAACAUGAAUACAAGUCUUCCAGAGGAAACAUGAAUUCACUGAAGGGGAAAGGACGCAGGACAUGAAUUUGCUCUUUGUAGUGAUUACUUUUCAUUUGAUGCUGACUUUAUCUAGGGUGAACUUUGACCUGUGAAUUUACAAGUCUAGGAUUUGUCAGCCAAUAGCCUCUUUGUGGUAGCAUUGAUUUUUUUUUUUUAAAUAAAAAAUGGAAGUGCUGCUUAUUAUUAAGUAUCAGUCACACCAGGCUUUUUUCUCAUCAUUCUUGUUUCUUGGCGCACAUUUGAAAGAAACUAGCCGACUCGUCCACUAACGUACUCUAUGCUUUAUGUGGUAAUUUUUUUUUCCUCUCUAUCUAAGCUUUUCUUGUUUGCAAAGUUGCCACUUCUACUUCCCUCACACACCUCUAUCAAAGGCUGAAACACAGUCUCACACACUCAGUGUGAAUAUUUGAUCCUAUCCUGAGCAUUACGAAUGCAACACUUAGUUUGCAAGGUCCAGCUGUUUUUAACUACCUCUUCGUCUGCCUUUCACCACUUUCUUUACAUUACAUUACACAAUUUUAAAAAUAGGACAUUUCUAGAGUUCAGUUGUGUGUUUUUAUCAGAUCACUGCAGGUUCAUUAUGUGACAUUGCAGAAAUAAGAUGACAAGUUUCAUAGACUCGUCAGUGAACACGCAUGUAAAGCUGUGAAUGUUGCCAGUCGUUUUCUCAAGGUCGAAUCCAUCAAGUGCCUUUUCGAAGCUUUUCGAAAACAUUUGCAGUAUUUCAUCACGGUACAGCGUUUUGACACGGAUGUAGCUAAACCACUCAUGGAAUAAUCUCGCAGAGCAUUGCUUAAUCUUUACAUGUAUAGUAUUAUUAUAUUUACAUGUAAUUGUUCCAUAUGUUGUGUAUGACCUUCCAUGUGAUUUUAGAGGUACUGUUGAAAUACAUAUUGUGCAUAUUGCAGUCUUAUAGUCUUUUAUACUUUUGCCUACUAGUUUGUCGUGGUCAUUUCCAGACAGCAGCGGAUAAUCAGUUAGCAGUUGGGUAUGUAGUGUUUGACUUAGGUUUUAUACCAAAUAUGGUAUGUACAAGUGGAAGAAAAAACUUCCUGUCAGUAUUAACUGCAAAAUCAAAUCAACUGACUAUGCAAAGAAAUCGCUUUGCCAUAUAAUGUACGUUUUUUUCUACUUAAAUCAAGUUCACAGGCUGCCUGAUUUCAGUAUUUUGCUGCCUUUAUGUACCUGAUUAGUGCUUUUAUAUGCAUCAAAUGCUAUUUUUUUUAUUUGUGAUUUGCAAGUGACCAAACUGUAAUUGAUUUUGUAGGUUUGUUUUUCUUUCACUCUCUAACGAGGAGAAAAUAAGGGAACAGAAAAAUUGUCUUAAUAUUUUUGACAUGGCCUUGUGACCAGGGUCAGCACUUUUUUUUUUUUUUUUUUGAGGCUCUUGAGUCACAACCAAAUGAACAAAUGCUCCGAGAUAUCCUGUACGCCACUGUACAUGAUUAACGGCAUUGGAGCAUUCGUAUUGCUGAUAAGGGAAUAAACAAAAGCACUAAUCUGUAUUGCUCUGCCAAAUGUUUUAUAAUCCCUGUCGUACAUAUCUAGUAGUUGGAUACGAUUUAGUUGGCCAGUGCCUUGCAAAUAAAUGACGUUUGGAAUCUGUGAGUUUGACACAGAAAAUACUCCUUGGUACUGUUCUGAUAUGAUAUAAAGUUGUAUUAAUGCCAUGAACAUGUGGUAUGAUUGAAUGUUCUUUACAUGUUGGAGGCCUUGUUACAAAAGAAUAAAAU